AUGCUCCGGGGCAGGUCCUUAUCCGUGACAUCCCUGGGGGGCCUUCCACUGUGGGAAGUCGAAGAACUUCCGGUGGAGGACUUACUGCUCUUUGAAGUCGCUUGGGAAGUGACAAAUAAAGUUGGUGGCAUCUAUACUGUGAUUCAGACGAAGGCCAAAACAACAGCAGACGAAUGGGGAGACAAUUAUUUUCUGAUUGGUCCCUAUUUUGAGCAUAAUAUGAAGACUCAGGUGGAACAGUGUGAACCUGUAAAUGAUGCUGUUAGAAGAGCAGUGGACACAAUGAAUAAACAUGGCUGCCAGGUGCACUUUGGAAGAUGGCUGAUAGAGGGGAGUCCUUAUGUGGUGCUCUUUGACAUAGGCUCUUCGGCUUGGAAUCUGGACAGGUGGAAAGGUGACCUUUGGGAGGCAUGCAGUGUCGGCAUCCCUUAUCACGACCGAGAAGCCAAUGAUAUGUUGAUAUUUGGAUCUUUAACUGCCUGGUUCUUAAAAGAGGUGACAGAUCACACAGAUGGGAAACAUGUCAUUGCCCAAUUCCACGAAUGGCAGGCCGGAACUGGACUGAUCCUUUCUCGAGCUCGGAAACUUCCUAUCGCUACAAUAUUUACCACCCACGCCACACUGCUUGGGAGGUACCUCUGUGCAGCAAACAUUGAUUUCUACAACCAUCUGGAUAAGUUUAACAUAGACAAAGAAGCCGGGGAAAGGCAGAUUUACCAUCGGUAUUGCAUGGAGCGAGCCUCAGUCCAUUGUGCUCAUGUGUUCACCACAGUUUCUGAGAUAACAGCAAUAGAGGCAGAACAUAUGCUGAAGAGAAAGCCUGAUGUAAUCACUCCAAAUGGCUUGAAUGUUAAAAAAUUUUCAGCAGUACAUGAGUUUCAAAAUCUGCAUGCCACGUACAAGGCCAGGAUCCAAGAUUUUGUUCGAGGUCAUUUCUAUGGUCAUCUGGACUUUGAUCUUGAAAAGACUUUGUUCCUUUUCAUUGCUGGGAGGUACGAGUAUUCAAACAAAGGAGCUGACAUCCUCCUAGAAUCCUUAUCCAGGCUAAAUUUCCUGCUGAGGAUGCAUAAAAGUGACGUCACUGUGGUGGUGUUUUUCAUUAUGCCUGCCAAAACAAAUAAUUUCAACGUGGAAACCCUGAAGGGCCAGGCAGUGAGAAAACAGCUCUGGGACAUUGCACAUUCUGUGAAGGAAAAGUUUGGAAAGAAACUCUAUGAUGCAUUGUUAAGAGGAGAAAUUCCUGACAUGAACAAGAUUUUGGAUCGAGAUGAUCUAACAAUUAUGAAAAGAGCCAUCUUUUCAACUCAGCGACAGUCUUUGCCUCCAGUGACCACUCACAACAUGAUUGAUGACUCCACUGACCCCAUCCUCAGCACUAUUAGACGGAUCGGGCUUUUCAACAGCCGCACAGACAGAGUCAAGGUGAUUUUGCACCCAGAGUUCCUUUCCUCCACCAGCCCCUUAUUACCCAUGGAUUAUGAAGAAUUUGUCCGAGGUUGUCAUCUUGGAGUAUUUCCAUCAUACUAUGAACCAUGGGGCUAUACUCCAGCUGAAUGCACUGUGAUGGGCAUCCCCAGUGUGACAACCAACCUCUCCGGCUUUGGCUGUUUCAUGCAGGAGCACGUGGCUGAUCCGACUGCAUACGGUAUUUACAUUGUUGACAGGCGGUUCUGCUCUCCGGAUGAUUCUUGCAACCAGCUGACCAAGUUUCUCUAUGGAUUUUGCAAACAGUCACGCCGCCAAAGAAUUAUCCAGAGGAACCGAACUGAGAGGCUCUCAGAUCUUCUGGAUUGGAGAUAUUUGGGCAGAUAUUACCAGCAUGCCAGGCACCUGACAUUAAGCAGAGCUUUUCCAGAUAAAUUCCAUAUGGAACCUACAUCACCACCAACGACAGAAGGAUUUAAAUAUCCCAGGCCUUCCUCAGUACCACCUUCCCCUUCAGGGUCUCAGGUCUCCAGUCCUCAGAGCAGUGAUGUGGAAGAUGAAGAUGAAGAUGAGAGAUACAAUGAGGAAGAUGAGGCCGAAAGGGAUCGGUUAAAUAUCAAGUCACCAUUCUCUCUGGGUCAUGUUCAUGGUAGGAAGAAGAAGCUGCAUGGUGAAUUCAAGAACUGAAUUCCACACUUUCUGGACACAGCUCACUUAGU